AUGGAUCAACUCUCACUCCCUCCUCCUCCUCCUCCUCAUGUACUCAUCUUCCCCUUACCAGUGCAGGGCCAUGUCAACUGCAUGCUCAAGCUCGCCGAGCUUCUCUCCCUUGCCGGAAUCCAUGUCACCUUUCUCAACUCAGAUUACAUCCACCGACGCCUCCUUUGUUACACCGAUGCUCAGUCCCGUUUCAAACGCUAUCCUGGAUUUCACUUUGAGACGAUUUCCGAUGGUCUUCCGGCAGAUCAUCCGCGUUCUGGUGACCGUGUCAUGGAAAUUUUUGACUCGAUAAAGGCGAUAACGAAACCUCGAUUUAGGGAGAUGCUGAUGUCUGGUAGAUUGAAUGAUGAAACGAGGCGACCGGUGACUUGCAUUAUUGCAGAUGGGAUUAUGUGUUUCACCAUUGAUGUUGCGAAGGAGCUUGGAAUACCUGUCGUUUGUUUCCGGACGGUCAGUGCUAGCUGCUUCUGGGCGUUUUUCUGUGUCCCCAAACUCAUUGAAGCUGGCGAGCUUCCUUGCAAAGGAGAGGAAGACAUGGACAGACCAUUACAGAACGUUACAGGAAUGGAAAGUUUUCUCCGGCUUCGCGACCUUCCUAGUUUCUGCCGUGUAAGAGACCUCAACGACCAGGCUCUGCAAGUCGUCAUGUCCGAGACUCAACAAACCACCCAAGCCAAUGGGCUCAUACUCAACACCUUCGAAGACCUUGAAGAAUCAACCCUAGCACAAAUACGCACCCACAUUCCAAAACUCUACCCCAUAGGACCACUUCACGCCCACUUAAAAGCCAGAACGGCAUUUGAACCAGAAUCACUGCUCCGAUCAUCAAACAGCCUCUGGGAAGAAGACCAGAGCUGCAUGGGAUGGCUCGACGACCAGCCAUUAAAUUCUGUGAUCUACGUGAGCUUUGGAAGCAUGACGAUUUUGACAAGGGACCAACUCAUUGAGUUCUGGUACGGUUUGGUGAAUUGUGGGAAGCCCUUUUUGUGGGUGAUACGGCCGAACUCCGUUUCCGGAGAGCUUCAGAUUCCGGCGGAGCUCUUGGAGGGUACGAAGGAAAGAGGGUAUAUGGUGGCGUGGGCACCACAAGAGGAGGUAUUAUCCCACCCAGCCAUUGGUGGCUUCUUGACUCACAGUGGGUGGAACUCGACGUUGGAGAGUAUAGUCUCUGGAGUUCCGAUGAUAUGCUGGCCGUACUAUGCUGACCAGCAGGUGAAUAGUAGGCUUGUAGGGGAGGUGUGGAAGAUUGGGAUGGACAUGAAGGACACUUGUGAUAGGGUAAUGGUGGAGAAAAUGAUAGGAAAUUUGAUGGAGGUGAGGAGGGAUGAGUUUUUCCGGUCGGCGAACCAGAUGGCCAAGUUGGCGAGAAGAUCUGUGGGUGAAGGUGGAUCAUCGUAUUGUAGCUUGGACCGGUUGAUUGAAGAUAUAAAAUUGAUGAGUCAUGAUAAGUGA